GAUUUCAAGCAGCAGGGAAAGGCAAAAGCAGGGCCCCCGGGGGUGAACCUAAACCGGCUAGCUUCUUUCCAUUCCCCAAGCAUAUCACAGAAGCACAGCAUCAUCAAUCACCACUUCCUCAGAGGCAUCAAGCCCCCCAGCACUGCAACAACGGCAACGAUGGCGACCAAGCUCUAUCGUGGUAGAGCUCUGGCGGGCUUGCGCAACUGCCGCCCCAGUGAGAUUCGCUGCUUCUCGACCUCCAUCCCUCAAUUGGCCGGCUUCCCGACCGGGCUUCCUAAGGAUGCCGAAAACAUGAGGAAGUCGCCUCGCCAGCACGUCGGCACCCUCAGAGCCCCUCUCGUCAACCCGGCCGACAAGUACGGCUCCAAGGCCGAAAACCUGCACAAGUACGGAUCUUGGAUCAUGGGCUGCUUGCCCAAGUACGUCCAGCAGAUCUCGGUCUGGAAAGACGAGCUCACUAUCUACGUUUCUCCCUCGGGAAUCAUUCCCAUCAUGUCGUUCCUCAAGUACAACACCUCGGCCGAGUUCACUCAGAUUAGCGACAUCACUGCGGUUGACUACCCGACCCGGGACCAGCGCUUCGAGGUCAUCUACAACCUCCUCAGUGUCCGCCACAACUCGCGCAUUCGCGUCAAGACGUACGCCGACGAGGCCUCGCCCGUCCCCAGUGUCACUCCCCUUUUCGACGGAGCCAACUGGUACGAGCGUGAGGUCUACGACCUUUUCGGUGUCUUCUUCACCGACCACCCCGAUCUGCGCAGAAUCAUGACCGACUACGGUUUCGAGGGCCACCCCCUGCGAAAGGACUUCCCCCUUACCGGCUACACUGAGAUCAGAUACGACGAGGAGAAGAAGCGCAUCGUCACCGAGCCUCUUGAGCUGACCCAGGCUUUCCGCAACUUCGAGGGCGGCAGCAGCGCCUGGGAGCAGGUUGGACCUGGCACGGACAGACGCCCGGACACCUUCAAGCUGCCGACGGCGAAGCCUGAGGAGAAGAAGGAGGAGCCCAAGAAAUAAAUCAGAAGGUUCUGAUGUGUAUAUAACUGACUCUAGAAUCUUCUUUGCUGUACAACCAUCAUGGCUGAACUGUCCGCCUGCUCCUUAGGCGGUUGUGCCAAACGCUUAAAAAGCGUGGUUAACUAUGGCUUUUGCCAGGUUUCUCAUAACCAUAAACCCAAAGUAUCGUGAGAGUUGUGGCCGGGGCGUAUUUUCGGAGAUGGGCCACUUGCCAUCGUAAACUAACCUCAAUUCCAACCACGGUUCACCAACCGUUGGGUUUUGGUACUGCUCGUGACUCUUCCCACCGAUUCUACCUUCAAAGCAUUUCUUGAGCCCCCAGAAGACCCU